GCUCAGUCGGAAAUCUUCUUCGAACGUUAAAAGAUGGAUCGGUAGCUAAAAGAGAUAAUUUAAAGCGAAAAACGCAAAGAAAACGGCUUUUGUCCGCUAUUUCAGCGAUUUUUUUUGUGUUGUAAUCAGCAGAAAAAUUUUUACCAACAGCUACAACGACCAAACACCACCAGUUAGUCCCAGGCAAUAACCUACAGCAAUUUUACAAUAUCUAUUAAAUUUUACUGCAACUACACACACAAACCAACAAUCAAGCCCAAUAGAUAGCCACACAAAGGAAAGGUGAAAAGCGAAUUAGAAAAUUAUUUAAAACGGCAAAAAAUAAAGAAUAUUUAAAUUUUUGCUCGCUUUUCCAAUGUGAUGAGAAAAAUCCGAAGCCAACAGCAACAACUACAGCCACCACCACUACCACUACCAAUAUCCGACCGACAGAGCAGCGCAGCCAUCGUCAGCAGAGCAGCUGCCGAAAAGUAUUUAUGAGAGUUGUAUUGGCCAAGUAAAUUUCCUGCGACAAUUUUUGAUGCUGCUGCGCAAUUUGCGACAACACCGACUGCACUUACAGCUACAACAACAUCAAGAAUUCAAAUCACACAACUAAAUUUCUUGGCAGAGCGGCAGCAGCGCAACAAAAAAUCUUUAAACAGCCACCAUUUUGAAUGAGCGCAACAACAGCUAGCGCCACUCACAGCAGUAGAAAGAGCGAGAGCACAACGCCGCAGCAGCAGAAGUAGCAGCAGCGACGUUGACGUCAACGUUGUUUCUUAUUAGCGCUGCGGAAACGAGACGCAGGAGACUAAGCAUUGCAGCUGUUUGACCGGAAAAAUUCUCAAAAGCUGCGUGCGUUUGUUUUUGUUGUAAGGAGCGUGAAGCAAAUAGACUGUGUGAGUGCCUAAUUCCAAUUGCCAAAAAACAAAAAAAGUCGUACGCAAACGCCAAAAAUGAUGGUCGAACGCAUUUUGGAGGAGAAAAAUUCCAGCACAGCUGGUGAAAAAGAGCAGUUUGAGUCGCUGCGCCUCAACGCCGGCAGCGGUGGCAGUGGCAGUAGCAACAACAACAACAACGCUAGCGGCUCAGCAGACAGCGGCGUAGGCGGCAGCAAUGUCUCUUGCAGCAACACCGACAACAGCUGCAGUCGAAGUCAAUCAGACGGUCAGAAUGAAUUGACACGCUACAGCAGCGAAGAUGUGUCUGGAAACGAGUCGAGCGAGGCGCCCAACAUGACCGAGGUGGAGCGUCAGGCGGAGCUCAAUCGGCACAAGGAGGAGAUGCAAAAGAAGCGACGCAAGAAACGCAUCAGCUCAUCGCUGCAUUCGUCAACUUUUCAAGAACUGUACAAGUUAACUGGCGAAAUACUUGGCGAGGGUGCGUACGCUUCGGUGCAGACGUGUGUGAACAUUUACACCGAUCUGGAAUAUGCUGUGAAGGUUAUCGAUAAGAUACCGGGACAUGCGCGUGCGCGUGUCUUUCGCGAAGUGGAGACAUUCCAUCACUGUCAGGGACAUCCGGGCAUCUUGCAACUGAUUGAAUUCUUCGAAGAUGAUGAGAAAUUCUAUUUGGUGUUUGAGAAAAUCAAUGGCGGCCCAUUGCUUACCCGCAUCCAGGAGCACAUCUGUUUCUCGGAGCACGAGGCGGCGCAGAUCAUUAAGGAAAUUGCGUCCGGAUUGGAUUUUCUGCACAAGAAGGGCAUUGCUCAUCGUGAUCUCAAGCCGGAGAAUAUAUUGUGUGUCAAAACGGAUUCGCUGUGCCCCAUUAAGAUAUGUGAUUUUGACUUGGGAUCCGGCAUUAAGUUCACCACGGACAUCUCAUCACCAGCCGCAACGCCGCAGCUUCUGACACCAGUCGGCAGCGCCGAGUUCAUGGCCCCCGAAGUUGUUGAUCUAUUUGUGGGCGAGGCGAAUUAUUAUGAUAAGCGCUGCGAUUUAUGGUCCCUGGGCAUUAUUGCGUACAUUUUGCUGUGUGGCUAUCCGCCCUUUUCCGGCAACUGCGGUGAGGAUUGCGGCUGGAAUCGUGGUGAAAACUGUCGCACUUGCCAGGAGCUGCUCUUCGAGUCCAUUCAAGAGGGACGUUUUUCAUUUCCGGAGGCUGAGUGGCAUGAUGUGAGCGAUGAGGCCAAAGAUUUAAUAUGCCGUCUGCUGGUAAAGGAGGCAUCCAAGCGUCUAAGUGCCGAGGCAGUGCUUAAUCAUAACUGGAUACGGAUGUGCGAGCAGGAACCGCCAACCAACAAGCAAGCGCGCCGUCACAAGGCGCUACAAACCCCAAACAACAUUCGCCGCAAUCAUCAGUCGGCCCGUGAGAUAUCACAGUUUGCCGAAUCAGCAAUGGCCGUGAAACGUGUGAUCCUGCAACAUUUCUCGAUGCGCUAUGAUUAUAUGAAGGAGCGUCCGAAUAUUUAUCAGCCCUCGCAGGCGUACAUGGAUGCAUAUAGCGAUGAGAAUUACAAUCCAAAGCCACCGGCACAUUUUACACGCAGCCGGUCCCAGCGCACGGCAGCCGCAGCCUCAACCAGCUACGGCGGACGCUUGUCAACGGCUCAAAUGCAACGGAAUGCCAGCACUCAGAGUCGUCAAUCUUCGCGAAAUGCCUCGAGCAUUUUUAAUAAUAGCGGUGGCUUCAAGACGCUUAAUGUGCACGAGGAGGACGAUGACGAUGAGGCUCUGGAGGCAUUUGGUCGCUUGGAUGAAGGUGUUGACGAUGAGUGGGCGCAAGCGACGCGUCGCUAUGAACAGGCACGGGAGCAACAACAGCAGGAACAUCAUCGAGCAGCCAAUAGCAGCUUAAGCGAGGCUGAGAAUGAAGAUGAUAAUGGUGAUGGUGAUGAUGAAAUGGGGGGAAGAGAGGCCGAGGAUUAUCAGCACUAUAAGCAUUAUUGGCGCGAGCUGGACGAGGAUGAGGGAGACGAUUACUUGUAUGAACAGCAACAGCAGCGUGAGGAUGAUAUUGCCGAAGAAGAUGAAUACGACGAGGAGGAGGAGGAGAAAGAAGAGAAGAUGGGAGAGGAGAAGGAUGAAAGGGAGGAGAAUAACGAAGCCGACAAUCGAAACAAACAAUUGAAAGCUAAAGUUGAACAAUUUGGCGUUGAGAAGGCCAUGAAUGGGGAGCAAAAGGUAGAGUGGGAAGACGAAAUGGAGGAUGUGGAGAAUAAGACGAAGGAAAAGGAAAAACUUAUUAUUGAUAAUAUGGAAAAGUCAAAGCAAAGCGAAUUUGCUAAACCAACAACAACCAUGCGCAAAAAUGCGCAGGAGAUGGAGAUAGAAAAUGUUAAGAUGGAUGAGGCGGAUCAGCAGAAGAAUGAAGAGAAUGACGAUGUUGAUGGGGCUCUAAAGCAACGACCAACAUCAAGUGAUAUUAGUGCUACCACAAUCACCAAUACCAACAACAGCAUCAACACCAAUAAAAUGCAAACAACACCAGUUACAACUGCAACACAAAUUAAUGGCAACAAUGGCGAUCAGCAAACUGGCGAUGAUAAGGAUAACGAUUAUGAUAACAAUGUUAAUGAUGAUGAUGUUAAUCUAUUGGAUAGUAUUAGUGAUUUAAAUGAAAAGCUACCUGAAAUUUAUGAGACUGCAAAAAUUGUUGUCAACUCAGCGGCAGUGCAAGCAACCACAACAACAACAACAGCAGCAGCAGCAGAAACAACUACAACAUCAAGUGCAACAACGUGCCCACCAAAUGAUAAAGUAAUUGAUAACGAAAAUGAAGAAGAUGAUUUAAAUGCGUUGAAGAACGCACCGACAACUGCAGCUGAGGAGACAACAAUGCGAACGACUUUUGGCAAACAACAGCAACAACAGCAACAGCAGCCACAACAACUGGCACCUAAUAAUAAUAAGCAGCAACGCAAUGUUUACUUUGCAUUGGAUGUAUAUCAGAAUGACGAGGACGCCGACAUAGACGAGGAGGAUGACAACUACGAUGAUUACGAUGAGCCUGAGAAUGGGAUAAAGCUAUCGGAGAAUGGAUUUAAGCAACCGACGCCGGCAAUAUGCAAUGCGUAUACACGCAAGCAACGCAAGCAGCAGCAGCAACGCUACAUUGCGCCGCGUGGAGAUUCCAUGGAGAAUUGGCGCUAUCGUAGCCAUCAAUCCGAACAGCCGCAACAGCAUUCAAUAGCUACCGGCGGAUAUCGGAAAUAUCGUCCGCCUUUUAGCACUGGCGGCGGUGGUGGCCACUAUGGCAAUCAGCAGCGCAACUAUUUGGGCAGCUUCUCACACAGCGGCGGUGCCGCUGGCUACAAGGUGGCACCGCCACCGUCAUAUCCUCUGCCAAUGCUUAAACAGCAACAGCAGAAGCGUCACAAUAGUGCUGGCAGCAGCAGCAGUGGCAGCGGCGGUUCGCCGCCAUCCGAUGAGCAAUCGACAUUGCCCGGAACGCAGAUACGCAAUUGGCGUCAGGAUAGCGUUUAUCAGCCAAUGCGCAGCGAUGGCGUGAGUCAACCGAGAGGCAUACACCGCUCACUCCAUCAACAACAGCCAACCCAGGGUCGCAUUGGCUCCGGUCGCUUUGUGCACUCAUCGCAGGUGCCACCGCAUUUGUUGGAGGAGGCACCCAAGCUGGGCAUUGGCCUGUCGUCGCCCAGCGAGAGUCUGUUGCUGCAGCGGCGCAUGCGCCAGCAGCAACUACCCGGUGAGGUGGCAAGUGGCUAAUCAGUCCGAUUGUAGCGAGUAUAACCACAGCAGCUGUGAGCAGACGCCUCAGCAAAGCUAACAGAUUGUUUUGGCCAACAAAAUAUGAGCCAAUCAUGGAGAAUUCUUGCGCUUGCGGCGUCCUGGCCAAUAACGAUUACAAAAAUGUUUCCUUUUUUUUUGUAUAAUUUUUUAUAUAUACACACAUAUACACACACAUACACCACAAUCAUAAGCAAACUAUAAAUCAUAAUUUGCAAAAAUUGUCUCAUUUGAUACACUUACAAAAAAACUGUAAACGCAAAGAAACUACUUAAAAUUCCGUCUUAUUUAUAAUGCA